AUGUGGCGUUAUUUUACUCGUCAUAAAACCAGACGGUAUUUAGAGAUCUUACCGGAUUUAGUGUAUGCUUACAAUCACACUUAUCAUCGCAGUAUCCAAAGAACACCAGCUCAAGUGAAUCCUUCUAAUGUGUUAAAAGUCUGGAAAACUUUAUAUGGGAAAUCAAAUCGGAAACAGUUUCCUAAACCUCAAUUUAAAGAAGGAGAUCAGGUACGCAUCAGUAAAGCCAAACGCACAUUUGAAAAAGGAUAUUUACCUAAUUGGAUCACAGAACUGUUUACCAUUUCUAAAAGAGUUCCUGGAAGGUAUCCUUACGUGUAUAGAGUGCAAGAUUAUAACGGAGAGGAAUUAGAAGGGACUUUUUACGAAAAAGAAUUACAACAGAUCAUUAAGAAAGACGACGUGUACGAAGUGGAGGAAAUCUUGCGGUAUAAAAAGCGACGCGUAGGGAAAAAAAUCAUUCAAGAAGUCAAAGUUCGGUGGAAAGGAUAUCCCCCUAGUUUCGAUUCAUGGAUUCCCCAAACGGAUCUCAUCAAAUAA